AAUCAGCUGAUAAUCAGCUCGGUUGUGAAACACCUGUCACCUGUGUCAAUUGGUGGGUAAACCAUCAACACUGCAGUGACCAAACUCAGAUAUUUUACUUCAUUUUCGUAUGUCAAAAAAAAUUAGUUUGCAUGUGUGGAAUUGACCUCAUGGUUUGCUUGAUUUUUUUUUAUUGUCGAGGGGCCAUCGUCUAAAUCUCAUUUGUUUAAAGGCUUUGUCAAGACGUUCAGUUCAACAAUGGAGAGACCGAAGGUGUUGAUUACUCGUGGCGAUGUGCCACAAGCUGGGGUCGAUCUUUUGAAAAAGACCUGCGACAUAAAAAUGUGGGACAAGACAGUUCCCAUCCCCAGAGCAGAGCUUCUCUCGAUGAUCCGUGAAGUCGAUGGAGUGUUCUGUCUUCUAACUGACAAAAUAGAUGAGGAAAUCCUUGCAGCUGCUGGACCACGACUGAAGGCGGUGGCCACAAUGUCCGUGGGCCACGACCACUUGGACCUGAAAGCCCUCAAGGCUCACAACAUCCGAGUGGGCUAUACUCCGGGGGUUCUGACUGAUGCGACGUCGGAAUUAGCUGUUGCUCUGCUGUUAGCCACUUCCAGAAGGAUUUACGAGUCUUCCCAAGCAUUAAGAGCAGGUCAAUGGACAUCCUGGUCUCCAUCCUUCAUGUGUGGUCCAGGUCUCGCCAAUUCGACAGUCGGAAUAGUUGGCCUGGGAAGAAUUGGCCUCAGAAUUGCGGAGUACCUGAAGGUGUUUCGAGUAUCUCGCAUUCUCUACACGAGCAGAAGUGAAAAACCAGAGGCUGCAGUGUUCGGGGGUGAGCACGUAACCCUGGACACUCUGCUCGGCGAAAGUGAUUUUGUGAUCGUUACGGUUGCUCUCACCUCGGACACCAGAGAGAUGUUCGAUAAAAGUGCCUUCGGAAAAAUGAAGAAGACUGCGAUUUUUGUUAAUGUCAGUAGAGGGGAAAUUGUGAAUCAGCCAGCGUUGAUAGAUGCCCUGAAGAGUGGGACAAUCAGAGCUGCUGGCCUCGACGUCAUGACCCCUGAACCCAUUCCACUGGACCACGAGCUCUUAAAGCUUGAUAAUUGUGUACUGGUGCCUCACAUUGGAAGUGCAGCACUCGAAACGAGAGAAAAAAUGUCCAUAAUGACUGCAGAGAAUAUUCUGGCUGUUCUGGAAGGAAAACCGGAAAAAAUGCCAGGGGCUCUCCAACUUUAAAAUUCUUUUUACGAAAUUAUUAGCAAAAUGCUACUAUCUCUCAGUCUUUGAUAAAAGAUAUUAUAUUAUUUUAUAAAUAAAUAUCAUUAAUAUUGACUCAGCAA